ACUGAUUUGACAAUGACAUGAUUAACAUCAGAUGGACUCUACUAAGAUAACUACAAGUGACCCCUACUGGGAGCGGCCAGCUAAUGCAGGCAGCUGCUCCGCCGCCCGGCCCAAGACCCUUCACCUGGCCGGCCAGCAGCAUACCUCCUCACCAUGGCUGCAGGCUCUGAGGAAGGAGAAGUCACGUGAUGCAGCGCGAUCGCGGCGGGGAAAGGAGAACUUUGAGUUUUACGAACUGGCCAAGAUGCUGCCGCUGCCGGGCGCCAUCACCAGCCAGCUGGACAAGGCCUCCAUCAUCCGGCUCACCAUCAGCUACCUGAAGAUGAGGGACUUCGCCAACCAGGGAGACCCGCCGUGGAAUCUGCGCAUCGAGGGACCGCCGCCUAACACCUCCGUCAAAGCUAUCGGUACCCAGCGGAGGAGGAGUCCCAGCGCCAUCGCCUCAGAGAUCUUCGAACCUCACCUGGGCAGCCACAUUUUACAGUCUCUGGACGGGUUUGUAUUUGCACUAAACAAGGAGGGACGCUUCCUCUACAUCUCGGAGACCGUCUCCAUCUACCUUGGACUGUCACAGGUGGAGCUGACUGGCAGCAGUGUGUUUGACUAUAUCCACCCGGGCGAUCACGUGGAGAUGGCAGAGCAGCUUGGCAUGAAGCUUCCUCCGGGCCGAGGGAUGUCUCUGUCCCAGGGGACCGUCAACGAAGACGGCGCGUCCUCGGCUUCGUCGUCGUCGCACUCUGAGACUCCCGAACCAGUGGAGUCCAGCAGUCCCAGUCUCCUGGCCCCCGAUAACUCUCUGGAACGGUCCUUCUUCAUCCGGAUGAAGUCAACGCUCACGAAGAGAGGAGUGCACAUCAAGUCCUCAGGAUAUAAGGUGAUCCACAUCACGGGGCGUCUGCGGAUCAGGAUGGCUCUGACGCACAGCCGCUCGGUGCCCAAUCAGAUCAUGGGGAUGGUGGUGGUGGCUCACGCCCUCCCGCCGCCCACAAUCAACGAGGUUCGCAUCGACUGUCAAAUGUUUGUCACCCGAGUCAACAUGGACCUGAAGAUCGUCUACUGUGAGAACAGAAUCAGUGACUACAUGGACCUGACUCCAGUGGACAUUGUGGGGAAGAGGUGCUACCAGUUCAUUCAUGCUGAGGACGUGGAGGGAAUCAGACAGAGUCACCUGGACUUGAUGAACAAGGGUCAGUGUGUGACCAAGUACUACCGGUGGAUCCAGAAGAACGGCGGUUACAUCUGGAUCCAGUCCAGCGCCACCAUCGCCGUCAACGCCAAGAACGCCAGCGAGAAGAACAUCAUCUGGGUCAACUACGUCCUCAGUAAUCCAGAGUAUAAAGACACGCCCAUGGACAUCGCCCAGCUGCCCAACCUGCCCGAGAAAACCUCUGAAUCCUCCGAAACCUCCGACUCUGAGUCAGAGUCCAAAGAAAACUCAGGUAUCUCAACAGACAAUGAGAACACCAAGUCCGAGGGGAAGUCGGGUCACCAGUCAGAACGCAGCGAGGACCCGGAGACAGACAGCAAGCGUCAGCAGCAACCCGGCCAGUCGCAUUGCUCCUCUGAACAGGAAAUGAAACGCCAGGAAGAAGGAGACAGCUCGAGUAACCCUGAGAGCCAGGACAGCGACGACAGUCUGGAACCUUCCGAUGGAGAGGGAGACGAGCAGGAGGAGGCCAGAGGGGGAGGAGGACUUGGUAAUCUGGGUGGGCUUCAUAUUAAAGUAGAGCACUAUGGGGAUGGGGAAGAAGUACAGCUGCACAACUCGCAAACUUCUUCAUCGGAGGAAGAAGAGGAAGAUGAGGAUGAUGACGAGGAAGAGGACGGAGGCAUGCAAGAUUACGACAGUGCCAAUGGCGGAAGCAAGCUCCAGAAGAGGCGGAAGAGGAGAAAAGUGCAAAAAUGGGACGGAUCGCGAAGUAGGAGGCUCCGUCUGUCCUCGACUACGCCCAGCCCCGUGGCCAUGGGAGAUACCACACCGCUGGUUGACCCCUCCCAGGCCACAUCUGCCACCUCCUCCCACCUCCUCACCUCCUCUGGCUCCCCAAACAGUGCCGGUGCAACGUCCUCGGUCCUGAAGAUCAAGACUGAGAUGGCAGAGCCGAUUAACUUUGACAACGACAGCAGCAUCUGGAACUACCCACCCAACAGAGAGAUUUCCAGAAAUGAGUCUCCGUACAGUAUGACCUCCAAGCCGGCUCCUCCAGGAACCCACGAGACCUUCCCCUCACCCCAGGGAGGCUCCCUCCAGGUAUCCAUCCCCGACUCUGUCCUAACCCCUCCUGGAACUGAGGGAGGAGCCGGAGGAGUGAGGAAGCCUCCUUACAACGGAAGCUCUGCUCCGUCCUCUGCUUCCAGUGCUGCGAGUUUAGCACCUCCCUCCAGCGCCUCCUCUGCUGACCCCCUUUCUCCUCCUCUCUCUGCCUCCCCACGGGACAAGCAACAAGGCACUCCCACCACCUCCUCCUCCUCUUCUUCUUCUUCUUCUUCGUCCUCCUCCUCUUCCUCAUCCACUUCUUCGCUGCUGUACUCUGGUGACAUUGAGGCCCUACAGCGUCUGCAGGCUGGUAACGUGGUGCUCCCGCUGGUCCACCGGGUCACAGGGACUCUGGCCCCCACCAGCACCACGGCUCCACGGGUCUACACGACUGGGACCAUCAGGUACGCACCAGCGGACGUCACCCUGGCCAUGGCGCAAGGUAACCUCCUGCCCAAUGCCGCCAUGAACUUUGUCGACAGCUCGGGGUUCGGCCUUGACCCUAAGACGCCCAUGGAGAUGCUCUACCACCACGUCCACAGGCUCAACAUGUCGGCGGCGGCAGCCGCCGGUCCGUUUGUCGGAUCUCCGUCGGCCACGGGCGGGAACGGUGCCCUGGGAGGCCAGAUGCCAUCCGCAGCCAACGUUUUCACGACAGCAGAGGGACUUUUCUCAACGCUACCGUUUCCAGUGUACAGCAAUGGGAUCCACACCACGCAGACAUCUCUGGAGAGGAAGGAGGAUUAA